GAGCCACCAGCAGGCGGCAGCAGCGGGUCAGAGGCCGCAGGAAGAGGAAGCUCCUUCGGGGUGAACUGGUGUCCAUCUUAUUUACACCCGUGAGAUUGCUAAAUUGUUGAAUUGACGGAUUUUUCAGGAGCAUAGAAGUUGAAAACCGGGUCGUCAGAGAUGAGCAGUUCAGAGGAAGUGUCAUGGAUCUCCUGGUUCUGUGGACUGAGGGGGAAUGAGUUUUUCUGUGAGGUGGAUGAAGACUACAUCCAGGACAAGUUCAACCUGACGGGGCUCAAUGAGCAGGUUCCUCACUACCGCCAGGCCCUGGACAUGAUCCUGGACCUCGAACCAGAUGAGGAGCUGGAGGACAAUCCCAACCAGAGCGAUCUGAUCGAGCAGGCAGCUGAGAUGCUGUACGGACUCAUCCACGCACGCUACAUCCUCACUAACCGAGGCAUCGCACAGAUGCUGGAGAAGUAUCAGCAGGGAGAUUUCGGCUAUUGCCCCCGAGUCUAUUGUGAGAAUCAGCCGAUGCUUCCUAUUGGCCUGUCAGACAUCCCAGGAGAGGCCAUGGUGAAGCUGUACUGCCCCAAAUGUAUGGAUGUCUACACACCCAAGUCCUCCAGGCACCACCACACAGAUGGAGCCUACUUUGGCACUGGCUUCCCCCACAUGCUCUUCAUGGUUCACCCGGAGUACCGGCCCAAGAGGCCCGCCAACCAGUUUGUCCCGAGGCUGUACGGCUUCAAGAUCCACCCCAUGGCCUACCAGCUGCAGCUGCAAGCCGCCUCCAGCUUCAAGAGCCCCGUCAAGGCCAUCCGCUAGAGCGCCCGGGAGGAAGAAGAGGAGGACGAAGAUACCUAGAGAGAGAGAGAAGGCAGGAAAGAAUUACUGGACGGAGAGGGGUCACCUGAUUUUACAAAGCUCUCCAGAUGCCCCCUCCCCUCCCUGGAGACUGUUUUAUUUUGGUUUAGAUUAGGGCAAAUGAAAAAGAUUUUUGAGUGUGAGCGAGACAUAGAAAACACACACAGAUAAACACACACAGUUGGUUUUCCACCUUACCAAACUCAUCCGUGCCAAAACCAGAAGGCGAGGCGACAGGAAGCUGAACAUUACGAGCACACCGAUGAGAGAAUUAUGUUGUCGGUGGGUGACGCUACACUUUGAUUUGUUUUUUUUCCCAUUCAGAGCUGAUGGAUGGAAAGCUGAAGGCUCUGGGUUUGUUCUGUAUUUGGCACAGUUUGGUAACCGGUGGUGGUGAACCCUCCCUGCAUGUACACUCAGGCUGGCAUCCGCAGAGGCAGCUGGUGUUUUUUCCUGUAUCACACGGUAAAAUUCGGUUCGUCGCACAAAGCGUUUGGUUAAAUUUGCCUUAAGGUACAGAGAAACAUCCUGGUUGUUUUCCUUUUCCCCACAUUUCUUUCUGCUUCUAGAGUAGAGAUUGAUCAAACUUGAUUUUUCUAAAGAGCCCGUGUCGUUUCUCCAGCUGUCUGUGCGAGUGUCAAACACCUUCCUGCGUGAGAAUAAAUCCUGUGUUACAUUUGUUUCCCCUCCUGCAGCAGCAGCAGGUUUGUACCGUCACCCACCUUCCCUCUUAGCUUCAUCUCCACUACUGGAGUAGUUCGACAUUCGGGGAAAUGUAAGAAGUUAGAUGAGAAAACUGAUCCCACUGAUGUCUGUACAGUGAAUAUAACGCUACAGCUGUUAGCUCGGGCUGGAAACAAUCAGAAAAGCUUCUAAAAGUCACUAACUGAUGAUCUUAAUCCUACCAGAAACAGAAAUGUGUGCUCAUAUAGACGGCCGCCUAUGUGUUUUAUUGGGGGGUAUAACGAGAUGCUGACUUGUGAGCUGACUGAUGAAUAAAAACAACAGUUUGCUAUUUUUAAGAGCGUUAUGAGGCAUUGAAACCAAUGUUGCACCACAUUCUAUGACCACAGGGGGCGCCGUUGCACAGAGGUUACGUUAAAAACAUUAGAUGGUGUUUUAGGUGACAGACUUUUGUCCUCCUGUUUAGAAAAUGCUGCAUCCAGUAGUUUCUACUAAGACUAAACUGGGUUUGUUUUGUUUGUCCUGUGGUCCUACUUUAUAAUAGCAGCAGAAUAUGGUGCAAAACUCGUCUCAUAACACCUCAAGUGUUUGUUUUAAUCAUACAUACUCCACAAAUAAGAGGUGCUGGUAGGAUCUGACGCUCAUUUAUUAACGUUUUUCUUCACCUUAUUGGCACAUAACGCUGUUAAAAAUAGCCAGAUGUCGUUUUUAAAGACACCAGAUGGAGCCAGGCUGUCUGUUUUCAGUCUUGUAGCUUCUUCUUAGUUUUCUCAUCUGAAUCUAAAGCGAAUAUUUCCCCCAAAAUGUCCCGACUGCUGCCGUAGAGAUCGAGGAGACUGAGAAUUUAGACAAUCUGAAUCCUUGGACUCCCUCCACCGCUGCACUGAUCCUGCUGGUGUCUUUAUUUAUGUUCAGGUUCACAGACAGACCACCAGCCGCUUGUUUUUCUUUCUGAAACAGCGGGUUCAGACACUCAGCAGCCCUCUUCUCCUCUUUACUUUAGUGUGACUGCAAUAGACUCUCUUUGUUUUUUUGCUUUUUGGGAUUUCAUGACACAAGAGAAGCGGUAUUUAUGCGUCCAGAUUUUAACUCAUGUUGUUGUCGUCUUUCUGCUACUGUGGAAGGGUGAGCAGGAUUCAGAAUUCUCAAUAAACGUCUAUUUUCUUUUCAUA